AUGUGGUAUGACUCUUUUGGGGUUGGUCCCGAUCCAGCACUUGGCGUGGUGAUGCCGGGGGCUGCACGGGACGCGGAUGCUACACGGCACCUGGAGGAUGUGAAUCGACAGAUGGGAGACUUCGCUCAGGGUCAGGAGCCGCUGCCAAUCUUCGGCGGACCACCAGAAGAAGACAAUGAUCCUACUCUUGCACCGUCUCCGCCGCGACCUACUCCGCGAACUUUGAAUUUGGACCCUAGUCCUGCUGUGAUGAGUCCGCGAUAUUAUGAGGAUGCCAUGGUCGAUGAAAAAGACGACCCCUUUUUUGACGACGAUUCUACUGUCGAGUGGAAAUACAACGACGAUUUGGACGAUGCUACUGUCGAUGAAAACGACGAUGGUUUGGGCGACGGUUUGGACGAUGCUACUGUCGAUGAAACCGACAACAGUUUCAAUACUACUGUUGAUGAAAUCGACGACAGUUUCAAUACUACUGUCGAUGAAAUCGACAACUCCUACCUUCCAGAGACCCCGCCAAGUUCAAAGAGGCAAAAAAGAUAG